UAAAAAAAAGGUGAAAAGAGAUAAGAAAGGAGGGAGUUUCAAGUAGAGAAGGGUGAGGCUAAGAUUACGAAAUUGAAUGCUUUACCAAACUCACAAAACAAAACCAUCUCUCUUUGACCCUCUGUUCAUUUCUUUCUUCUCACCGCCGCUCCUUCCUCCCUUCUCUCUUGCCCCUUCCCCUCUCUCUCUCAGGAAAUGGAACGUGUUGAAGCAGCGUUGAAAAGCAGCGUCAGGAAAGACAUGGCUUUUAAAACGACCCUGCCCGUUUACGAAGACUUUCUCGCCGUCACCACCGCCGAGGAUUUCUCCGUCGACGAUUUCUUCGACUUGUCUAAGGACGACGUUUUCACCGAAGAAGAGGCUGAACCCAAAACUCACCAAGAGAUGCUCCAUGUUUCCUCCGAGGAACCACAGGACAAAGGAGACGCUCUUCGCCGGAGUAACGACGGGUUUGGGUCUCUCCCUCCAAGCGAACUCUCCGUUCCGACGGAUGAAUUAGCGGAGCUUGAGUGGCUAUCCCAUUUCGUAGAGGAUUCAUUUACUGAAUAUUCUGCUCCAAAUCUCACCGGAACCCCGACUGAAAAACCCGCUUGGUUAGCCGGUGACAGGAAACACCCUGUGACUCCUGUCACACAUGACUCGUGUUUCAAGUCCCCUGUUCCCUCCAAAUCUCGUACCAAACGCAACCGGAAUGGAACCAACUUCUGGUCGCUUGGCUCGUCCUCCUCUUCAGGCCCUUCGUCCUCGAACUCAACUUCCUCCUCCUCUUCGGAUCCUUCCAACACGUGGUUCUCAGGCGCUGAGCUGCUCGAACCAGUCUUCACGUCUGAGAAACCACCGGUUCACAAAAAGCAUAAGAAAAGGUCAGCGGAGUCUGUUUGCAGCGGCCAGCUACUGCUGCAGCAGCCCUCUCGACGGUGCAGCCACUGUGGCGUUCAGAAAACGCCGCAAUGGCGAGCUGGACCGAUGGGAGCCAAGACGCUGUGCAAUGCGUGUGGGGUUCGGUAUAAGUCGGGUCGGUUACUACCAGAAUACAGACCCGCUUGUAGUCCGACAUUCUCAAGCGAGCUCCACUCUAACCACCACCGCAAAGUCAUGGAGAUGCGGCGGAAAAAGGAGCCGACGGAUGAUAACGAAACCGGUUUAAACCAGCUGGUUCAGUCCCCACAAGCCGUACCAAGUUAUUGAAGAAAAAGGGCCUCGACAUUAGAGCAGAGAGUUAGGAAUCGGCCCGGUUCAGUCAGCUGUAGCCUCGAGUUAGUAUCUCAUUGACUUUUUGUAUAUUACUUUUGAUAUUUUUAGCAUUUACUUUUUUUUUGUUUGCUACCGUAAUUUGGGAUUUCAUGCUAGGAGUCUAGGUAAGUUUUCAGUUUAAAUUUUCCCAUUUCAUCA